AUGUACAACAACAGCAGUACUACAGCCACCACUGCUACUGUAAACAAUAACGGCGGUUUGGCGGCGGGUUGGUCCGAAAAUCAUCAACAACAGCCAUCUUCAGACAAGCCAACGCAUCCAGAAUGGGGUGUUAUGAAAGAACAGGAUUUCCAUCCACUUACUUUGAAGCACCAACGUGAUUUGGAAAACCUACAUCAGGCCAACAACUUUAUUACGGAUUUUUACUUUUGGCAAGCAAAUUUGGGUGGUUAUUGUAUGGCGGAUAUGAUCCAAAAUGUGGUAGUUUCCUCUGAAGGCGCUUUUGUAUUAAUAAGAAGAAUUGUUGAAGGCGCUCCACACCCAGGUAGAAGAAAGAAGAAUAAGGCUUAA